AUGGCGCCAAACAUCCUCGACACCGCUGGGCCUUCGCAAAAGAGAGCACAGCGGACCAUCCCUCGCAUUAUUCCUGCCGUGCCAUUGGCGCUCUCUCGUGCCCCGCCGUCAACGCGCCCAAUUACUCCCGAGGAGACAGUGGCCGAACCUACAGCGGUGAGCCAAGAGACGCAGGAGUCGCACCUGCAUGCUUUGACGGAGAAGAAGGACAAUGAUCAGGCCACUGGAGGUAUGCAAGCGCCUCUUACACCUGAGUCUAAAGCAUCUGCUAUCAACAGUGCCGGCUCCGAGGAAGAGGUGCUUGCAAGCUCACCAUCGGAAGCUCGACUCCAUGACGCUGAGGAGCCGCUUCAUACCCGAGCUCCUAGUGUAGAGGAAGAGCAAACCGCCGUCGACGACGUGUCUUCUACCUCUUCUGUCGAACAGAACACUAUCGCUAUGAACGGCACCCACCCUACAGCUACCCCGCCUGCACAGUUUCCUCCCCCCUUCUACCCUUCUGAGAGAUCCACCGCUCAGGCGACUACCUACGAAGCUGCCCAUGUGUCUCCCGUACAUGCUUCAACCAACGUUCACUCCCACCGCCCACAACCGAGCCUUGAAGGUAUUGUCUUUGGCGCUGCUCAAGAGUCUCCCGCCAUGCCUUCUACUCCGCAUGAAGCUGAGCCUGAGGUGCGCCCUCAGCAGUAUAUUCCCCGCCCUGCUCCUGGAUUUGCAUCUCCACAAUUCGCUUCGCCCUUCUAUCCAGGCCAUGCGCAUCACCCCUCAGACGCCGCAGCACCAUGGCUGUAUCCUGCAUAUACUAUGGCACCACCAGACGCUCUCUACGGUCACGGCAGAGAUUACCAUGCUCCAUCCUUUGCUGACCAUGCUGCACUCCACGGUGUGUACCAGGGUCAUUUACCCCCUCGCGCACCAGUUGCCACAAAUGGUACCAGCCACACUCCAAAAUCUCCCACGCUCUCGCCUACCAAGUCUCAGCCUGGAGACAUCGGUUCAGAGCACGGCGGCGACUCUCAUGUGAUUCCCUUCCAGAAUGGUGCCAGCAUCCCCGUUGUGGAUACUAAGCUUGAAGACACACCAUUCGAGCUCGCCGCUUACUUGUCAUCACAAUUUGGAAAUCCUGAGUAUGCCGAUUAUAUCCUGCAGAUACACUCGGAUGGCGCUAAGCUCAUAUCCUUGCCUGUUCACGGCAUCGUGGUGGCUCGAAGUCGGGCUAUUGCCACCGCGAUUCGUUCUGCGACUCCAGUUCUAAGAUCAAAAGACUCGCGGGCCUUAAUCGACAUCUUCAUCUCUAACAAGACAGUCACUGCCGAGGCCCUCACUGAAUCUAUCAAAAUUUUGUACGGAUCCCCGUUGUUGUCCCUUGACUCUUUCCUCUAUGGACUGCAACCGUAUCAUACCGACGGAGAACAAGCGUCUACAUUCGGAGAGGCUCGCAAGCGCAUGAAUCAGGCCUUGAGCUAUGCAGCUGCAGGCGAAGUGCUCCAACUACAUAGUAUGACGGUCCGCGGAGCUGAAAUUGCCAAAGCCUUGUUGCGAUGGGAUACGUUCGACCAAGCUCUUUGCUUAGCUCUUGGAGGAGGCAUGCCCUUCGCUAAUGAGCCGUCGUCUUCCCGUCAUAAUAUGACUGCUCAUAACCAAAACCACCGAGGCACAUAUGGUUCCUACAAGACUCCCUUGUUGUACGACGUCAUUGACUGGCUCGCCUAUAACUUCCCUGUCGACUUCCAGCUGUUCACUCUCGCGCCCGAGCUGAGCCAAAAACCGAGAAUACCAAGCGUUGUCGAACUUCGGCACCCCACGCAUAAUCCACGUUUGAGCAAGAUCCGGUUCGGAGAUGUUCCACCUGAGGAUGACAUGCAGCCAACCUACAUUACCAAGAUUCUCUCUAGUGUUAUCUUCUCUCUGCCUUUACCUGUACUCGAAUACCUGUUCAAUCACCCCACUCUUGCCAAUCGGCUUGGCUGGAGUGUAGUGGUACAGGUUAUGCGGGCCACGGUUGAGGAGCGCGAAAAUCGUCGUAGGAAAGCCUUGAGGCAUCAGAUCAGGCCAGCACAGGACGGCACCUUAUUAGAGGCGCUCCUGGAGAAUUUAUACUGGGAGGAACGGGUCGAAUCCUCUUCAGAACACAGCUCUGGGUACAAACUUACAGAGAAUCGCGUAACGAGUCAUGUUUAG